AUGCUUAAGAAGAGAAAGGCUGAGUAUUGGCUGAUGCAGCAGCGCUUGCUCCCUCAUGCAAAUCGAUAUACACAACAACUCUUCACCGUCAAAGCAUCUAGUGCAACCGAGGACCAAGACAUUGAUCAUGCUUUCCACAACUUGGGCAUCCUCUAUAAGCGCCAGGGCAAGAUGGCUGAGGCCGAGAAGAUGUACCAGCGGGCACUGGAGGGAUACGAGAAAGCAUGGGGUCCUGAGCAUACAUCCACACUCGACACCGUCAACAACUUGGGCAACCUCUAUAAGAAUCAGGGCAAGAUGGCUGAGGCGGAGAAGAUGUACCAGCGGGCACUAAAUAGAUACGAGAAGAUAUAG